AUAAAACUACUUUGACAUCAGUAAUGGCGUCAUAAUAUUUUGGCGCAAAGUUAAUACUUGCUUUGAAUUCUUAUUUUUGCAUUAAUAAUUUUUAUUAUUUAAAGUGUAUAUUAUAUCAUAAAAUGUCAGCUAUGGCAUCUACAGCUAGUCUUCAAGGAGAUGAAGAAUUUGAAGAAUAUAAUCCACAAGCAAAAUUAAUAAAAACUUUAGAAGGAAAUGGCAUAACAGCAGGAGACGUAAAAAAAUUAGAAGAAGCUGGUUAUUAUACUGUGGAAGCUGUAGCAUAUGCUCCCAAAAAAUGUUUAAUUGCUAUCAAAGGAAUUAGUGAAGCUAAAGCAGAUAAAAUUUUACAAGAAGCAUCAAAAUUAGUUGUGAUGGGAUUUAAAAGUGCGACUGAAAUUCAUCAAACUCGAUCAAAUAUAGUUUUUGUAACUACUGGUUCUAGUGAAUUAGAUAGAUUAUUAGGAGGUGGUAUAGAAACAGGUUCUAUUACAGAAAUAUUUGGAGAAUUUAGAUCAGGAAAGACUCAGUUAUGUCAUACACUUGCUGUCAAUUGUCAAUUACCUAUAGAUAUGGGAGGUGCAGAAGGAAAAUGUCUUUAUAUAGAUACAGAAGGAACUUUUAGACCUGAAAGAUUAAUUGCUGUUGCUGAAAGAUAUAAAAUUGCAGGAGAUUCUGUAUUAGAUAAUGUAGCAUGUGCUAGAGCUUAUAAUACAGAUCAUCAAACUCAACUAUUAAUUCAAGCUAGUGCUAUGAUGACAGAAUCUAGAUAUGCAUUAUUGAUAGUAGAUAGUGCAACUGGUUUAUAUAGAACUGAAUACUCUGGAAGAGGAGAAUUAGCUGCUAGACAAAUGCAUUUAGGCAGAUUUCUUAGAAUGUUACUUAGACUAGCUGAUGAACAUGGUGUCGCUGUUGUUAUAACCAAUCAAGUUGUGGCACAAGUUGAUGGUGCAGCUAGUAUGUUUGGAGGAGAUCAAAAAAAACCAAUUGGAGGUCACAUCAUAGCUCAUGCAAGUACUACAAGAUUAUAUCUACGUAAAGGUAGAGGUGAAACUAGAAUAUGUAAAAUUUAUGAUUCACCUUGUUUGCCUGAAAGCGAAGCAAUGUUUGCAAUAAAUACAGAUGGUAUUGGAGAUGUUAAAGAAUAAAAGACUUAUUAUUUUUCUAAAAA